CGUGAGGGUAAGACCUCACCCUCUUGAUUGUGUUUUCUUUUCUUUGAUUUACACUGUCAACGAGCAAAUAUGGCUGUCGGUAAGAACAAGCGUCUCUCCAAGGGCAAGAAGGGCCGUGGUGGCAAGCGCGUUGUCGACCCCUUCUCCCGCAAGGACUGGUAUGACCUGAAGGCUCCCUCCACCUUCUCCAACCGCGAGAUCGGCAAGACUCUGGUCAACCGUACCGCCGGUACCAAGCUCGCCUCCGAUGGUCUCAAGGGCCGCGUCGUCGAGGUCUCCCUCGCCGACCUCACCUCCGAUGUUGAGCACUCUUUCCGCAAGAUCAAGCUCAGCCUUGAGGACGUCCAGGGCCGCAACUGCCUGACCAACUUCCACGGUAUGGACCUCACCACCGACAAGCUCCGUUCUCUUGUCCGCAAGUGGCACUCCCUGAUCGAGGCCCACGUCGAUGUCCGCACCACCGACGGCUACCACCUCCGUGUCUUCGUCAUCGGCUUCACCCAGCGCCGCUCCAACCAGGUCAAGAAGACCACCUACGCUCAGACCUCCCAGAUCCUUGCCAUCCGCAAGAAGAUGUUCGAGAUCCUCAACAAGGAGGUCUCCACCGUCGACCUCAAGGAGCUCGUUGCCAAGCUCAUUGCCGAGUCCAUCGGCAAGACCAUCGAGAAGGAGUGCAAGGUCAUCUACCCCCUGCACAACGUCUUCCUCCGCAAGGUCAAGGUCCUCCGCAAGCCCAAGUUCGACGCUUCCAAGCUUAUGGAGCUCCACGCCGACAACCUCGCCGACGACACCGGUGCCCCCGUCUCCUCUGGCUUCGUCGAGCCCGUCCCCUCUGACAACAUCUAAAUGGGCGAUGUCAGCGGCGGCGGCGCGCGCGAGGGUUGCUUUGUGCGUGCCGGUUGGCCGGUGAGGUGGCGGGGGGGAGCUCCCCCCCUGGCGUGCGCACAUGCGCGCCAGGGAUCCUCUCCUCCCCUCUCCGGGUGUCCGGCUCUGUGGCUUCCCCGUGAUGGCGAGUGCGCCUGCGGGGGGGUGUCCAGGGCGUCGCUGUGAUGUUUGGGGGUGUCGUCGACACAGCGUGUAUUAGGUGUGCCGCCCCCAAAGGCGCGCGCGUGCAUGCGCGAUGCGGCCCUUUCCCAGGCCGCGCGGUGAUGGGGCUUCUCCCCUGUGUGCGCCACCAUCGCCACACAUACACACAUUCUCUCUCUCCCCCCCCCUCCGGUGUCUGUGUGUGUGUGUCUCCCGCUGUGCGCGCGCGUGCCCGCGUGUUUCUCUCCUUCUCGUUGUGUUCCCCCUCUCCCCCAUCCCUCUCUCCUCCUCUCCCCUCCCUCUCUCAGUGUGUGCCCUUCGUCACGUGUAGCCGCCCACUCCAUUCAUUAGUACUCUCUCUUCUCGCCCCCUUUCAACUAUAAUGUGCCUACCACACAACAUCCUCCCCC